AUGCCGCGCGCAGUCACAUCUCUGGACAGUCACACCCACCACCAACCCCCCUCUUUCACUCUCCUCGUCCACCUCCCGGCCGCCUACCCCUCCCACGCCGCCCCCGUUGCUGAGCUGGCGCGCUGCGAUUGGCUCCCGGACGAAGAGAGAAGCAGGCUGUGCUGCCAGCUGGACAGGAUGGGGGGAGGGGGAGGCGGAGGGGGAGGAGGAGGGGGAGGGGAAGGGGAAGGGGCACAUGAGGGGGAAGCAAGUGGAGAGGUGGUGAUUUUCCAAUGGGUGGAAUGGAUUAAGCCCCGCAUCCCAUGCAUCACAGCUCCGCCCCGCAUCCCAUGCAUCACAGUCCCUGCCUGCCUGCCUGUAGGCAGACGAGCAGCAGUGGGUGUGGCAGCACGCUCCGGUGUUGGCAGAGCAGCAGCAGACGGAGAGACAGGAGAGAGAACCUGCCCAAUCACCCACAAACACUCCCAAUCUCUCCCAACCACUCCCAACCACUCCUUACCAUCCGUCUCAUGCGUGCAGGAGCAGCAGUGGGUGUGGCAGCACGCUCCUGUGUUGGCAGAGCAGCAGGAGACGGAGAGAGAGGAGAACGGUAGAGGGGAGGGCAGGGAGGCAACAGGGGAGACAGAAAGAGGUGCAGCAGUGGAAGCAGCUGCGGCGGCAGAGGCAACAGCAAGGAGAGGAGGAGGCAGAAGAGGGGAGGAGGGGAAGGUGGGGGAGAGUGGGGAGGAGGAGGCAGGGGAGAUAGAGAGGGCUGUUGGCAUUGUGCAUGGCGUUCCUUUCACUGAGAAGAGAAGUACUUUCCAGGCCCACCUGGCACCUGUGGGCUCGCCUGCUGACGUGGCAGCGGUGAUGGACGUCCUCUUGGCCAAUCGCAAGAUAGCAGGCGCCACGCACAACAUCAUGGCCUAUCGGAUCGUGACAGCCGGUGCAAAUGGAAGCACUCAGGUCAUUCAGGGCAAUGACGACGAUGGGGAGGCAGCAGCAGGGAGCAGGACGUCUCAAAAGUCGUCUCCUUGUUGCUCCCAGCAGGUUAUUCAUGAGAACGACGACGAUGGGGAGGCAGCAGCAGUAUGGGGCAGCAGGUCAUUCAAGAGAACGACGACGAUGGGGAAGCAGCAGUAUGGGGCAGGCAGAGAGUGGGUGGGCUGUAUGGGGCUGCUAACUCCUCUUUACUCCUUCGUACCCCUCUUGCUCACCCUUUCCCCCUCCCAGCAGGUCAUUCGGGACAAUGGCGAUGAUGGGGCUUCAGCAGCAGGGGACAGGUUGCUAGUGGGUGGGGCGAAUGGGGCUGCUUAUUCCUACUUACUCCCUCUUACUCCCUCUUACUCCCUCUGA